GAGAGUCAGAAGAGCGGUGCUGCUGCCUACACUCCUCUGGGUUGGAAACAAGCUGGCUAAAAUGAAGGGGUGCUUUGUUAUACUCACUCUGAUCGGUUUCUGCUAUGGGCAGUCACGCCUGGGAUCCUACAAUCUAGAAAGCUUCAUAAGUGUCUCUGGAUUGUCUUCGGGAGCCUAUAUGGCCAACCAGUUCCACGUUUCUCAUUCCGGGAAGGUGAUUGGAGCAGCCAUGUUUGCUGGAGGCCCAUAUUACUGUGCGUUGGGGAAUUCACUGACUGCGACCGGCACUUGUAUGAAGUAUCCCUCCAGCAUAAGUGUCCUCUCUCUAAAGACUUUCACCCAGACUUACGCCAAUACCGGCCAGAUUGACCCCGUAUCCAAUCUUGCACGUAGUAAGGUCUUCAUCUUCUCCGGCUCCCUGGACUCAGUUUUAGUCCCAGGAGUUGCAAAAAAGCUCGAGGAGUAUUACAAAGCCUACAUUACCAGCACUGGGGCCAUCAAAGCUGUGUAUAAUAUCCCAGCUGAGCAUGGAAUGCCAACUGAAAGCUAUGGAGGGGCUUGUGGAACCAAAACCCAUGAUUACAUCAACAACUGUAACUACAAUGGCGCCUACGAAGCUCUGAACCACAUCUAUGGGGGCCUUCAGAAGCCAAGCUCAUCGGCCGUGCCAGCCGGACAGCUGAUACUGUUUGACCAAUCAGAAUAUUUCAACCUGGCCCCUCCCAUCACAUACGGAAUGGAUACAGCUGGUUACGUCUACGUUCCUCCCUCCUGCCAAGCCGGCGCAAGGUGCCGACUCCAUAUUGCUUUUCACGGCUGUGUGCAAGGAAGAGAGGCUGUUGGGGACAAAUUUGCCCGAAAUGCAGGCUACAACCAAGUGGCGGAUCUCAAUAACCUGAUAAUCCUGUACCCUCAGGCCAGAACUACUGCACUUAAUCCUAAUGGAUGCUGGGACUGGUGGGGUUACACAGGAAUCACAUACGCUACUAAGAAUUCCUUCCAAGUGUCUGGCGUAGAGAGAAUGGCGCUGAGGGCCCAGGGAUUGUACUAACACCGUGUUGGGGGUCAACAGCCAAUGGGGGUCACUGUUACAUGUUCUAUUUGUAAAUAUUCACAUUUGUAAAUAAAGUUUGUUUAUUGUAUAAAAUAAGGUUGUAUUUAUGCCUGAAACCCAUGGGCAAAGCUUAGUCAUAUAAUGAUAGACCUUCAGAAAUACAAAUACGCUCUCAUGUUUAUUGUUUAUUCAGUGAGAAAUGUGUACAACCAUGAUCAUUACAUAUAUGUACAAUGUAUGCACCUUUGUCAAUAAACAGAAUUGUUAAAAAAGAA